AGAGAAAACAAAUAGAAGAAGAAGAAUCUCUUUCUUCCCUCCCCACGUUGCUAUAUGCCCAGAAACGAAGACCCCCUGUUUUCAAAUCCCUAACUUCAAAGUCUUUCGCUGUUGUGUUUAUAAGAAGUAAUCUCACAUUAUCUUUUUUUUCUUUAUAUAUAUAUUCUUCUCUAGUCAAACACCAUUUCUUAACUCGGCCGGGGGAUGCUUAUGCUUAUCUAUCGGGUUUUUGCAAAAGAUUAGUUCGUGAAAUCAAGGAUCUACUCAUUCUGUAUAAACAAUGGGCGAUGGUAGUAGCCUCAAGAGAACCAAGCUCUCAUGGCCCAAAACUUUGGUUAAGAAAUGGCUCAACAUCAAGAGCAAAGCAGAAGAUUUCCACGCAGACGACAAAGACCUUUAUAAAGAUUUUGCAGGUGAAUGUGGAGACUGGAGUAACAAUGUCAUUGAAAGAGAAGAAGCAUGCUCUGUUAACAAGAAAAGCAACUAUGCUGAGACUCGGUGUAGAAGAAAUAAUGGAAGAAGUAGACGAAACAAACAGGAAAUGGAUUCAGCACCACUAGUUAAACAAGUUCUUAAUCUCAGGGUUUUUACUGCUACCUGGAAUGUCGCGGGAAAAUCUCCACCGAAUUAUCUGAAUCUCGAGGAUUGGCUCCACACCUCACCUCCUUCCGACAUUUACGUUCUUGGCUUCCAAGAGAUCGUUCCUUUGAACGCGGGCAACGUAUUGGGUACAGAAGAUAACGGUCCCGCCAGGAAAUGGGUUUCUCUCAUCCGAAGAACCUUGAACAGUCUCCCUGGCGGUAGCUGCCGGACCCCUUCCCCUGUUCCUCACCCGGUCGCCGAGCUGGACUCUGACUUCGAAGACGCAAACUCUUCUUUCUAUCAUCGGAGGUCGUUUCAGUCACUAAGCAAGAGCCUGAGGAUGAACUACAACUUUGACAUGUCAGCAGCAGCGUCCAUGCAGCCACAUCUUGACCGUAGGUUUAGCGUCUGUGACCGUUUCAUGUUGGGCGGCCAGGACUAUUGCUCCUCCGAGGACGACGACCAUGAGAAUGUGCAGGACUCUAGUUCUCCUCCAUCCUAUGAUACUGUCUCGAGGAGUGGAUCUUUUACGACAGACGAGAGAGACAAGUCUAAGUAUUGUUUGGUGGCUAGCAAGCAAAUGGUUGGGAUAUUCUUAACUGUUUGGGUUAAGAGUGAUCUAAGGGACAGUGUUAAGAACCUCAAAGUUUCUUGCGUAGGAAGAGGCUUAAUGGGUUAUCUCGGAAACAAGGGCUCGAUUUCAAUCAGCAUGUCGGUACACCAGACUAGCUUCUGCUUUGUGUGCAGCCACUUGACAUCCGGUCAGAAAGAAGGCGAUGAGCUGAGAAGAAAUUCUGACGUUUUAGAGAUUCUAAGGAAAACGAGAUUCCCUAGAGUGAACAACCUAGGGGAAGACAAGUCUCCCCAAACAAUACUAGAACACGAUCGGGUAAUCUGGCUUGGAGACUUAAACUACCGUAUAGCUCUUUCUUACCGGUCCACAAAGGCUCUUGUCGAGAUGAGAAAUUGGAGUGCUUUGCUUGAGAAAGACCAGUUGCGGUUAGAACAACGUAGAGGUCGUAUCUUCGAAGGAUGGAAUGAAGGGACCAUCUAUUUCCCACCCACUUACAAGUACUCUAACAAUUCAGAUGUAUAUGCUGGUGAUGAUCGUCUCAACAAGGCCAAAAGACGGACUCCUGCAUGGUGUGAUCGCAUUCUCUGGCAUGGUAACGGACUUAGUCAGCUCUCGUAUGUUCGCGGGGAGUCAAGGUUCUCAGAUCACAGACCAGUCUACAGUUUGUUCUCUGUAGAGAUUGAAUCGGUAUAUAGAAACUACCAUAUCAAGAAAAGCUCUAGGAUAGAAGUUGAGGAACUUCUUCCCCAACGGUAUGGAUACGCUGAGCUUAACCCUUACUAAUUCAUGAUCACGAGACAGGGUAUAUGAUUCAACAUUACUAAAGCCUGGAAAAAGUGGGGUUGGUCCAGAUCUUCCUAUGUUUUUUCGGUUGGGAACAGGGGAAGAAUAUUCGAGUCAAAAGCCAAGUAAUUAAUUUUUUAGCUAAACAAUUCCUUAUCUUUAGGUUUAUAGAGAAUGGACCAGUUUUGUGCACUUCAAACCAUUAGUUUCUCCACAGGAUGUAGUGUAUAGAUAUAUGUGUGUUUGCAUGUACAUCUUCUUGAUUCUUUUGUAAUGACC